AUGUCUAGAGCACUGUGUUUAAAAUUAAUCGGCGUUUUUAGUUUCGCGCUUUUAAUCGAACUAACUUUGUCGACUAACUAUUGCAGUUCUACAUUAUGUAAAUCCGGUGCAACGCAUAUUGCCUGCAAUAACAACGGAGCGUUUGCAUCGGCAUGUUCCAGCGAUGCGAAAAUCGUGCCCAUGACAGCUGCAUUAAAAAAAGCUUUGCUGAAUAAACAUAACACCCUCAGGAAUACUAUUGCAUCUGGAAAAUUAAAUGGAUAUAAGGCCGCUAAACGUAUGGCGACUAUAGUUUGGGAUGCAGAAUUAGCCAAGUUGGCUGAAUUAAAUGUUAAGCAAUGCGUCAUGAACCAUGAUGAAUGUCGUAAUACUGAUAAAUUUAAGUUCGCUGGUCAAAACUUGGCCUACAGUGGCUGGUCUGGUACUACCAAAACCGUACAAUCUGUUGCCGUUUCACAUGUACAAUUGUGGUACAAUGAAUAUAAGGAUUGUUCAAUGUCAUACAUUAACAGUUACAAGAGUCCCACAAAUGGUAAAGCAAUUGGUCACUUCACACAAGUAGUCCAGGAGAAGGCAACACAUAUGGGUUGUGCCAUUUUGCGCCAAACUAAAAGUGGUACCACAUACCAGUUUAUUGCUUGCGAUUAUGCGUACACAAAUGUUCUGGGUAAGCCCAUUUAUACUAGUGGUACUGCAGCUUCAGGUUGCAAAACUGGUAGAAAUCCAAACUUUAAAUCUUUAUGUACUACUAAAGAAGUGUAUAAUGUAAAUUCUUAA